AUGACAGAAACAGAAACAGCUGUAGUUGAGUCCCCCGCCGAGGCCAUCGUCAUUCCCUCAGCGGAGCCCGUCGUCGCCGAUGCACCUCCGGCCGAGCCCAUCGAAAAGAGCCUCAACUCCAACUCUAACUCCAACUCCAACAUCAACAUCAACAACAAAAACAAAAAUGUCGCACAAAAAUCUAGUCCUCUCGCGCGACUCCUCCAGUCGCCAUCUGCCAUAGAUGACUUCGUCGAACAUCUCAACCGCGUCAUUCAGACGCGACGAGGCACAGAUACUGUCCUCCUCUUCACAACUUAUACCGCUCGCUUGAUCGGUGCUAUUCUCAACAUCCUGGGUCGGACUACUCUUCGUCACUCCGCUCGCAACGUCGUCGAGAUGGCUUUCAAGCUUCCGCCCUCGACCUCAGUCGUCCUCUCUACCGCGACUGCGCCGCCUCUUGCUACUCUAGCCCUCAGUCUGUCCAAGUACAUCCAGGGCUUCACCAACAUGUUGGGUGAGUGGCGCACUAUGAACCGUAUGUGGGGUAUAAUCGGCACAUAUCUCGAGGCUAAGGAUCUGAUCCUUCGUCUACGUGGUCAAAAACUCGACGCGAAUGGCGCAAAGGUGCCUGCCCCGAACCGGGUCAACACUGCUUUCAUGACUGUACAGAUCAUUUGUAACUUGGUCUACAACGUCGGCGAAGGUGCUUGCUGGUUGACCUGUAAGGGCGCUACCAACCUGUCGCCAAAAACGAGCGCCAAGCUAGGUAUCAUGGCUGCUCGCUCAUGGUGCGCGUGGGUCGCCCUCGAGCUCGUCCGUUUACUGGUUGAACGUGCGCGCCGGGCGACAAGCGACGAUGUCGCCGAUGAAGAGGAGUGGAAGAAUAACUGGAAGGCUGAGGUCCUUGGUACACUUCCAUGGAUGCCUCUGUCGGCUCACUGGAGCACUGAAGAAGGGCUGAUGCCAGAGCUUAUGGUCGCAGCUAUUGCUACAUGGCCCGCUACCAACAUGAUGAAGAGUGUGUGGCGCCAGACAGCCUAG